ACAUUUUUGUUUACGUGUCCGCGGUCCGGUGACGUGAACGGUUUGAAAAGUUAACAACAAAGCGGUUAGGCAACGAAAGCAAAAAUCCGUCACUCGUCGUCCCAGAUUACGGCCGUGCACCGUUAACACUUUUAUACCUAACGUUGAAAUUCGCUACUGCCAACGAGUGCCGUUUAGAACUCGUCCCGUAUUCCGUUUUAAUUCCGCCCGCUUCGUAUUUUAUUAUACGAUAUAUAACAUACCAUAACUAACGUACACAAUAACAUCAUCAUAGGAUGUAUUCAUUAAAGUCAUUUGUAAUUGUAGCACUAAUGUGCAUGUCUUUAACCGUAUUCAGCCAAAAUGCUGACAGUCAACAAGCCCGGUUAUUAGUAUCCAAACAAGUUCUUAACAAAUUACUAGUUCAAGACUCUGACAUCUUAGUUAAAUAUACCAUUUACAAUGUGGGAAGCGUGCCGGCGACAAAUGUUGUACUACAAGACUCAGGAUUCCCCGAUGAAGCAUUUGCCACAGUCAAAGGAAAUUUGAAUAUUCGUUUUAACAGAAUUCCAUCUGGUGCAAAUGUUACUCAUGCUGUUGUUAUCAAACCUCUUACGUAUGGGCGAUUCAACUUCACAGCUGCAGUUGUACAAUACAAAUCAUCAGAAGGGGCUGAAGAGCCACAAUUUGCAAUUAGCAGUGAACCUGGUGAAGGGUACAUCAUCAGUUAUGCUGAAUAUGACAAGAAAUUCUCCCCUCAUUUGCUUGAUUGGUUUGUAUUUGCAAUAAUGACUCUGCCAGCUGUGGUAGGACCAUUCAUGUUGUGGUGGGUUAGCAAGAGCAAGUAUGAAUUAAUAUUGAAACAAAAACGUGAAAAAGUGUCUAAAGAUUAAAGUUAAUAAAAUAAGAACCUUUGUACAAUUAACAUUACGGAUUCUUUAGCUUAAUUGUAUUUAAUAUAUAUUUUUUUUUAUAUGUAUCUACUUAUAAAAAUACCUUGGUCAUUUCCUAUAGCUAAUUAGAAAUUACUAUUUUCGUUAAAACUAUUUUAAAAUCCACUUAACAGUUUUAGAAUCCAAAACAAAUUUAUCAACUUUUCUAUUUUCAUAUUGAAAAUACACGAUCUCCAUCUUUUUUUCAUUAAGUAAUAUCAAUAUUUGUAUUAUAUAUUGCCAAAAAUGUAAUAUAUUUAAAAAAGCCCCAUUUUUAUUUUUUAGCAGGUAGGUACAUUUUUUAUGUUUAUUGAAUAACGAUUUAUAAAUAAUAUUAGUUUGUUUGAUAUUAAAAUAAUCUUUUUGUACUAAUUAAAAAUAGGUGUCAUUGGAUGGCUAUAUUUAAUAUACAAAUAAUACCUUUGUGUUGUGUUCGUUUAAAUUUAUCUUUGGAAUAAUAUUAAAUUUAGAUUUUGUUAAAAUUUUACAAUAAAAUAUAGUUUUUUUUUUAACUGGA